AGUAGUGAUUAGGAUGAACCUGCAUAGGACACAGCGGGGGAGAGCUUCACAUUCAGGACAUCAAGAUGAACAGUGAAAAUACCACAAUUUCGAUUGAACAUUUGUUCGAUGACAUGGCGUCAGAGCAGAGUCCAGACACAUCAUUAGAGAGGGUUGAUACAUCUACUGAAAUAAUUCCUAGCGGUGACACGUCUACAAGUCUGACCUUACCACCGAAUAGUCAGCAAAUCGCCGAGGACAUGUAUAUGUCACUGAUAUCCACCCCCGCGCGGACAGAGACCAGUCUGACGAUUUAUCCACCCCAAAACACAUUGGCUCUUACCUCGAGCUAUCUGAAUCCUCAGAACUCGCACCCUAGUUCUUCUGUCACGUCAUGUAAACAUAAGCAUGGCAAGGGAAGAAGGCAACAUCGGCGGAGUUCUCACGAUACUGAGAGUCACGUGGAGAACGUCAAACACAGAUACAAGAAACUGGAAAUAUGUUUUGCUGUGCUGUGUUUCCUUAAUGUGUUAAUGUUUGUGUUCUAUAUACUCACAAAUCCUAAAUACGGACCCUUCUUUUCCGACAACACAGAAGACGAUUUCUUUGAAACGGAAGGCGGCGAGCCUAAAACAUUCAAGCUCUGCACCAGAUGUCAGCCAUUGGAGGCAAAGGCAGGCUUUGAUCUUUUACAUGACAUCAAGUCUACCAAGUACCCAGACUUCUGCUGCUUCAGACGGGUGGACCAGUUGCUCCAGCUGAUUGAUGGGUAUGCCGAGAUAUAUGUCGACCAAGAAGUAGGAAAAGUGCGCAGUGAGGUGAAAUACAACAUUACUACCGGGUUGAACACAGGAAUCCCUGCCCCACGCCGCCAAGCAGCCAUGGCCCACAUGUACUACAAGGACAGCAGCGGAGAAAAGACUAAGGAUGUGAGACCCCUUCGAUGGGAGACACAGGGUGUGGACAUCCUGCUGGUGGGAAGUAUGAAGGUGUUGCGGCAGCAGCACCUGCAGGUGCUUCAGACCGGCUACUACUACAUCUACAGCCACCUGCAGCUAAAGGGAGAUGUCGAGGCCAUCCACCAGGUGAUGAAGAAUUUUGAAACGGACACGAAGAAAAAGCUCCUGUACCAGAAGUCGAGAAAAACUGACCAGACGUCCGAGCUGCAUGGACUGUUCCGCCUGGAUAAAGGAGACCUGGUCACAGUGAUAGCUACUAAGAAUGCCAUCGAGUCCGGUCAAAGGAAGAACUACUUCGGGGUUUUCUUAGUGGGCCAAAUCAUAUGAACUUGCCAAACCAGUCAAAGAAACACAAAUGUCAAGCACCUUCAUAACUACAAUUAUAGUGUUUGGAGUUUUUACGCACACCGUACAAUUGCCGGCAAUAGCUGAGCAAAGAUAUCAUACUUUAGUGUGUAGAGGAACGGUGUUGAGAUAGCAGGACUUUUGGAUAUGGAUGUAGAUGUUUGUUGCUUGAUUAAUCCUGUCAUGUUUUAGAUGUUUUCUUGCUCAACUUCUUACAGGCAUUGUGUUUUUAGUAUGAUUUAUAUAUAUUUGAACAUGUCAUUGCUUUGAAUAACCAAUAAAGUUAUGCUAAACUGA